UCAAAGCCAAGGCCUAAUCAUACUGCAUACUUUUGCAAUCAAUCCUCUUCAAAUAGCCUUUGUGUUAUUUUCAUUCUUCACACAUCAGGUCCCAGUAGAUAUAAUGGGUUUAAACGUGUUCGGAACUCCCAUCACUGUGGACACGGUGAAAGAAAUGCCGGAAUACCAUGAAUCGAAGAUGAUUUAUUCUGCCGAUUGUGCAACUGUGGCACUGGAGAUGAAGAAUGCAGAAGGUAAGGAUAUCAGUGCUCGAAGUUUCCUCGAGUAUAUGGAGCCUCGAUUUGGGCUAGGUGUGAGCACAAUGUGUAUGAUUUACAAUGCUACAGGGCAUCCAUUAACUUUGGUCGAUACUCAUAGCUGGGAGGGACGUAUAUGCGAGACUCCGUAUCCAAUGGUAAUCUUAAAUGGGCAAUGGGGUGCAUUCCUGCAUGGUCAAUAUCACAAUGGAGCUGCCUCUGAAGCGUGCGUUGUGUACAAUGGCCUGAACUUUGAUUGGGUAUUAUCAUUUACCAACUCCAACUCCAACACCAACACCAAAACCAACCGGGUGUACACAAAUAUUAGAACACCACAACAUAAUGGAGUCGAUUGGGAUGCUAUUAAAAGCAAUCUAGAUAAUGGGAAAACGACGCACACGGGGGUAACGGCCGGGGUAAGAAUGUUCGCUUCUAUUGGCGAUAUUUCAAAAUGCACAGUCGAGGCAAUAUUGACUAUUAGUGACGCUCUUGACAAUGUUGAUAUUCAGUAGUUCAGUUUAGUUCAGCUCCAUUAAGUUCAGUUCAGUUCAGUUCAGUUCAGUUCAGUUCAGCCAAAUAAAGUGCAGAAGAACAGGGCCUAUAUAACAUUGGGCCAACUGGUCGAGCUGCGCGCUGACAUGGAAUACCGUGAUAUUGAAUUAUGUCCACGUUAUCCUUAGCUUGCUGACGAGCUUUCAUUUCAAUUUUUUAUUUUAGAUUUCUGUCUUUUUCUUUUUAAAGUUUUGCUAAGAUUUUUGUUUUAUCCAUAUCAACUUCAAUAAAUUCAGAUCUUUUAUGGUAGUGUGGUACUACAACUCCUCCGUUUCUUUUUAUCCGCAAUAUUUUGCUUUUUUGUAAUAUUCACAUGCUCUAUUUUACCU